AUGCCACCACCACCGCAAGAGGCGUUCACUGAAACCAAAGUUACUGCGGUGCCAACCGUGCUCUCAGUGCUAGCCACGGGAGUGUUCUGGGGGCUCGUUGAGGACGCCACCCGACCCACGGAAGCGGUGUCUCGUCUACUUCGCGACUGCGGCGUCCCGCACGUCCACCUGCUAGGACCAUGUCCACCACAGCUUAGAACGCGGGCCAAGGGCCGGGGCGUGUCACCACGCCGGACGGCGCUCGCCUGGUUGCAGGCGAACGCCACACUGCCUGGCGUUCUGUACUUCGCCGAUGACGACAACUCCUACGACCAUCGGCUGUUCGACGAGAUCCGGUGGACACAGACUGUGAGCGUGUUCCCUGUUGGAUCUCUUUUGAGAACCGGAGUCAGUAGCCCCGUGGUAGUGGAUGGCAGCGUGGUAGGCUUUCACGACCCGGCCACCAAGGGGCGACGCUUUGCCGUCGACAUGGCCGGCUUC